CUAUUAUAUUACGAGAAGAUCGGAUCAGAGUGGGAUCAAGGUGAAGGAGUCAUGUUAACAUCUGAUCUUUCUGCUUACUUAAUUAAUUGCUGACGACGGAAUUUGUGUAGACCCCUGGUCGUAACCAACUUUAAGCUCUAUAAACAUAACUCACAGAAAUAAAGUUUGCAAGCUUUCUAGAAAGGUCAAAAGAAUAAUCGUUAGAAUUAACUGUGGAGGAAGGGAUUGACACGAAACAUUGCUUCGCCUCACCCAGCUUACCGUUUGAGGUUUCAGGAACUGAGGUUAGGAAUCCUAAAGUUAUCUAAGGCACCCUCACCUCUCUCACCUCUCAUCGAGAGCCACAAACAUGGCGAAGACAAGCAUCAUCUUUGUUGCUGGCGGCUGGCACACCGAAUUCCACCUCCAGCCAAUUACCCCCUACCUCGAGGCCCAUGGCUAUCGUGUUGUACCUGUCAAACUCCCCACGAGCGGGCAUCACGACCCUCCCCCCUCCAUCAAAGCCAACGUAACACACAUCGGCGCCAUUCUCCAAGCCGAGAUCGACGCCGGCUACAGCGUCUGCCUUGUCGGCCACAGCGUAUCCGGGCAAUCCGUCGCUCUCGCUGCUAACGAGUUCCUCGCCUCCGCCAGCGCCGAACAGAGCGCCAGGCUGGUCCAUAUCAUCUUCAUCUCCUGCUUCCUGAACGCGGCCCGCGCGACCGAGGGGUUGACGUGGUUCACGAUCGACUUUGAAACGAUGGACGCGACGGUAGCGUCGCCGUACGAGGUUUUCUAUAACGGCAUGUCACCUGAGGCGGCUGCGCCGUUCGUGGCGGCGUUGGAUGCGAAUCGUGCGGAGAUGCCUCCGGAUGUUGGCGAUCUGUGGAGGACGAAGGUCAAAGGGACGUAUUUCCUAUGCAGAAAUGACAAGGCUAUCCUACCGGAGCUGCAGAGGCUGGAGGCACAGGAUUGUGGGAUGGAGAUUGUGGAGAUUGAGAUGGAUCACUGUCCUUUUGUAAGUCAGCCGGGGGAAUUCGCAGAGGAAUUGCAUAAGGCGCUGUAGACGAAGUAGAUAUGGUAUAAAUGACAAAGGUGUUAAAUGGUUUAGUUCUUUCAAGCUUUAAAUUGCUCCCAUAAGUUGCUAGUACAGAGGACGAGGUUCCCAAUUUUCUUGAGUCUAUGGUCGAUGAAACAGUUAUUCAUGUGUCGGAG